CCUUGCGGAGCUGAACCCCGCCAGGCUACAGCAGGACUCGGGGCGCGCUGGGUCGUGGGGAGGCCAUGCCCAAGGGGAGGCGGGCCAACCCCAGCACCGCGCGGGAUGGCGCCUGGUUUGCACAGUCUGGAAAGGUGCAAAUAUUUCCUGAAUCUCUUACAGCUUCUAUGCAAAAACAGAUACUAAAUUUAGAAGCUACUAAUCAAAUCAACAAUAGAUUGCCACAGAUGUACAAAGUUCGGGAGAAGAAACCAGUAAACACAUUUCCAUUUUCAAUCCAUGAUAAUAGACAUUGUUUAUUGAAUGUCGGAGAGUACUUGGAUACUGGACUAGGACUAAGGAAAUUUCAACGCGAGAGAUGCCAAAACCAUUCAGAAAACUACCUUUUUUUGGCCCAUGAACCCAUUCCAAGCAGUACUGACAAGCAUACCAUUUAUCAGACUUCAUUUGUCGAGUAUCCAAAUCCCAAACGGUCCAUUCUGGGGCGAUUUCCCAAAAGCCAUGGAGAUAGGUCCUUUGCUUUAAAUUCUUCAGCUGCAAACGAUUAUCUGUGGUUUGCAAAAGGCCAUGACAGUCCUAAUAUUUCAGCUCCUGUCAGACCUGAGAAAAGCUCUCUCUCUGAGCCUCAGCAACUUUUACCUGCUGAACAUUCAACAGAAUAAAUGUUCCAUGUGAAGACACUACUAAACCACAUUUCAGUGUGGAUUUAUAACAGGCUUUUAAAGAUUAGCCAACACCACUUUUAUCAUUCUACUUUUUUUUCCCCGGAUCUGAAAUUAUUUUAAGAAGCUAAGUGACAUUAAAGCAACGGGAAUUGGAUGAGUGGUUGCAUUUAUACAGCUGGGUGUUGUUGUUUUUUAAAAAGGAUCAGUGUAUUUGGAAAGGGAAACACAAUUUAUGUUUGCCUUGAAUAUAAAAUAACUUUAGUUUUCACUCUAAAACAUCAAGAUUUUUCACUGUGUCUCUGGAGGCUUGAGCUAGCUCUACCUCCAUCUGGCAAUCGGUUUAACAACCUGUGUGAAUACAUGGGUUGUUGCCCAUGCCUCUGUCAUGUCCCUGCCAGGAUGAGAUGUGUUGGUAAAGACAGCAUCUGAUCAAUCAUCUUUAAAGCUGUUUAGAGCUUUGAGGAAAGUGGGAGGCAUAUCAGUGUAACCCUUGCUAUACUCCUUCCCCAUUUGCUUACAUGCAAAAUUGUAAAUGAUACUUUGCGUAGUUGGGAGUUUUCAGAUGUUUUAACUGAGGAGACCUAUGAAUGAAAUGUAUAUUUUUCUCUAUUCAGGAUGGCAACUCAUCCUAAGAUUGGCCUGAUGCCACUUAUUUUGUGGCAAUAUUGUUUACUCUGGAACACAAUAGCUCUCUCUAUAUGGAUUCCAUACUGCAAAAUAUCAUGGCACUGUAGCAGUUUAUAAUAUAUGUACCACAUUUCCAUGGUGUCAUUUAUUUUUUGAAAAUAUUGGCCUGGUAGUUUCACAUUAGCUGGUUCUGCAGCAUAGCUGCCAACACCUACUGGGUGUUACUCACCCUCAAGGUUCCAUAAAUGAUUAGUGGGUUGUAUAUUACUAUAUGAAAAUCCUUGCUGUGCACACAAGCAUCCUGGUCACACUCAAAGGACAACAAUUUUUUAAUACAUACAAGGUUAAGGAUUUCACACCUUUAGCCAAAAACCCUACCAUGGCAUGCAACAGAAGCCAUAAAAUGUCAAAAUAGCAAACAGGUACACAAGCAUGACGAUUCCAUUAUGUUGACAUCACAUGCAUAUCUCUUUAUAAUCUAAAUGCCAGUUGAUAUAUUUUGUCCUUACUUUUUUUUGUAAAGGUGGGUCACAAUAUGCUGUUAACAGUACAUUAGCUUCUUCCCAAUCCAUAUAAAAAUUCCCUCCAUCAAUACACAGUGGAAAUGUCAUGUCACGAUAAGUUAUUGUGGAAGUUUUCCAAAAUAAUUUAGUACAUUUCCUCAGUAGCUACUGAAAUAAUGAUGAUGAUUUUAUUUGUAAAGGGGCCCCCUAUCGAGAUGCUUGGGGUUCUGUUGCACAACAUUUUGAAACAAAAAACAAUUAAUGACAUCAUUAAAACAGUGGCAAAGCCAAGAGCGUGGCAUCAUUAAAAGAAAGUGAUUUCUUGUUUCAAGGCAGAUAAAAGCAGCCUGUCUAUUGCAGAAUCAAAAUUUCCACAGCAUUAGCCAACAAUUUCAUCCCCAAGCAGAUUCCAAAGUAAAGUGCACGCCAAUCACAUAAUAUGUGAAGUACCCCAUGCUGUUUGGCACACUCAGGAGGGCAAUCUUGGUCCUCCUACAGAAGGAAGAAAUGCAUUCUUGCUACAUUUGUAAUGUUUAUCUGGGGUUUAGUGUUACAAGUGAAUAAAGCAAAAUUCAUGUUUUGC